UGAAGUGCUUCUAUCGUGUGGACCCGGAGCAUGACACGCAGGCGCGUCUCACUUUGCGUGGCGCUUGCGAGAGGUUGACACCGCAGCAGUGGUACAACCAAAAGUUCACCAGCGCUAGUGCCUUCUGGGCUAACAAGGGUAAGAGGGUCAAGAAGGAGUACUAUGUUGGUAACCAGCCUACGGAUGAAUGGGCAAUGACCAUUGAGGAGUACAUGUCGGUUUGUCCCGAGUGGGCCGAGCAGCAUAGGGAGGCAUGGGAGGAGCUGAUUAGGGCGAGGUGGCUCAGGGAGGAUGAGGAGUUUGCAGCCGUGUCGAGGCGGAACAUGGAGAACCGAGGCACCGGUGGCACACACUGCGCGGGAAACCGCGACUACACCCGCUACAAGGGGAAAAUGGUAUGUAUAUACAUGGAACGACCUUCUUUCAUUUCCCGUCAUGUUACAUUUGUGGUACGCAUAACUUUUCUUUUCGCGAUGCAGGUGGCCGAGCCUCCGACCCUCGUCCACGGCCCGCUCGUCCACCCGCCUACGAUGUAA